AUGGAUGAGCAAGAUCUGAUUCGAAAAUUCAUGAAUGGACUAAGGGUUGAUUUGAAGAACAGGUGUUCCCUUAGGAAGUAUGACCGUUUUGCGAAACUUGUUGAGACAUCAGCUUUACAGGAGAUUGGCUUGGAAGAAGAAAGCAAGCUUACAAGGAGCACUCAGUCAAAGGCGACCAAGCGAACUUGGGAAGUCGCUAAUACACCACAAGCCGCAAAAAGUGAAGGAGGAGUAACUUGCCAUAGGUGUAAUAAGAAAGGACACCACGUAAAGGAUUGUAGAUUCCCACUGAAUGUUCGAUGUUAUCGUUGUAUUAGAGAAGGACACACUUCGAAUGCAUGUCGUAUGCCAGAGCAGGGAGCACCGCAGCAGGGAGCACCGCAGCAGGGAGCUGGGCGCAAUGAGCAGUUACCGCCACCACCAAAAAGACAAGAUGUGGCUGGACGAGCCUUCGUAGUCGGGGACCACGAAGGAGGAGAACCGAUCGUUGGAUCGGUUUUAGUUGGGGGAAUAAAUGUCCAUGCCUUAUUUGAUACUGGCGCAACACAUAGUUUUGUGUCUCCCACUUUGACAAAGUGUUGGACCUUUGUGGGCAUGUUCAUUUCGAACGCCAAAGGAAUAGAAACCGCAGGGACUGAGUUAAUGAGGUCUACUGGAACGUAUGAGGAUGUCCCCAUCUUCAUAGAAGGCAUUGAGCUUAAUGGAAAUUUGGUGGAGAUGGAGUUAAACCACUACGAGGUGAUCUUAGGCAUGGAUUGGUUGACAUAUCACAAGGACGUGAUGGAUUGCCCAAAGACGCGCGUCUACAUCCCUAGGACUGAAGGGAGAAUAGUUUUCCAAGGGAUAAAGAGAAGUACGGGAAUCCCCAUCAUAUCCAUGAUGCAAGCAGAAGAGUUAUUGGAGAAAGGAAGUGAAGCUUAUCUCGCCACUAUCAACAUCAGGGGAUCAGAUAAGGAAGCCGACUUAGACACCAUUCCGGUUGUAGCCGAGUAUACCGAUGUUUUUGAACCCUUGACAAGACCGCCACCAACGCGAGGUGAUGCGUUUACUAUAGAAUUAGAACCUGGUACGGCACCAGUGUCGAAGGCACCGUAUCGCUUGGCACCAGCAGAAAUGGCUGAGUUGAAGAAGCAGCUGGAGGAUCUAAUGGAUAAGGGAUUCAUUAGACCAAGUAGCUCACCAUGGGGAGCGCCUGUCCUGUUUGUCAAGAAGCAGGACGGAAAUUUUAGAAUUUGCAUCGAUUAUCGUGGAUUGAACAAAGUGACGAUAAAGAAUAAGUACCCUCUGCCAAGAAUCGACGAGUUGUUGGACCAACUACAAGGAGCGUCAUGGUUCUCAAAGAUAGAUUUGGCAUCUGGGUAUCACCAAAUCUCGAUAGCGGAGGAAGACGUAAGGAAGACGGCCUUUCGGACACGUUAUGGGCACUAUGAGUUCGUAGUAAUGCCAUUUAGACUUACUAACGCACCGGCAGCGUUUAUGAAGUUGAUGAACAAUGUGUUUCAGGAAUACUUGGACAAGUGUGUGAUUGUAUUCAUCGACGACAUUUUGGUAUACUCUAAGAGCAAAGGAGAGCAUGAUUGGCAUCUAAGAGUAGUAUUGAACAAGUUGCGAGAGCAGCAGUUGUACGCAAAGUCAAGCAAGUGUAGCUUUUGGCAGCAAGAGAUUGGGUUUUUGGGCAUAUUGUAUCUGAAGCCGGAGUGGCUGUGGAUCCAGAGAAAAUUAUCGCCAUUACAAAGUGGCCUACACCUGGAAGUGCUACUGAGGUCCGUAGUUUCCUUGGACUGGCAGGAUACUAUAGGAAGUAUGUGAAGGGAUUUGCAAGUACUGCUAAACCCAUGACAAUGUUAACGGGAAAGGAUGUGAAGUUUGUGUGGUCAGACGCUUGUACUAAGAGUUUUGAAAGGCUGAAGGAACAACUAACCCAAACUCCAGUAUUGGUAUUACCAAGGCCAGGUGUACAAUACACAGUUUAUACGGAUGCUUCUGGAACGGGACUAGGAUGUGUGCUUAUACAAGA